AUGUCCUCGAUUCAAGUGCUGAACCCAAAAGCCGAGCUCGCUCGUCACGCGGCCGCCCUCGAGUUGAACAUCAGUGGCGCUCGGGGACUCCAAGAGGUGAUGCGCUCGAAUCUCGGACCGAAAGGAACCAUCAAAAUGUUGGUCUCCGGCUCCGGUGAUAUCAAGUUGACAAAAGAUGGAAACGUUCUUCUUCAUGAAAUGGCCAUUCAACAUCCAACCGCUUCGAUGAUCGCUAAGGCGUCAACGGCUCAAGAUGACAUCACCGGCGAUGGAACAACUUCAACUGUACUCUUGAUUGGAGAACUUCUGAAGCAAGCCGAGAAUUACGUGGUCGAAGGAGUGCAUCCCCGUUUGAUCACUGAAGGUUUCGAGUGGGCAAAUGCUAAGACAUUGGAGCUCUUGGAGAAGUUUAAGGUUUCUUCUGAUCUCGACCGUGACUUGUUGGUUGAUGUGGCUCGGACUUCACUUCGCACCAAGCUUCAUCACAAACUUGCCGAUCACAUCACGGAUUGUCUUGUGGAUGCUGUGUUGGCCAUCAAGCAAAAGGACGAACUUCCCGAUCUGCACAUGAUCGAGAUUCAAGAAAUGAUGCACGAAAGCGAUAUGGAUACAAAGCUUGUCCGUGGCUUGGUUCUCGAUCACGGUGCUCGUCAUCCGGACAUGCCGAGACACGUUGAAAAUGCGUACAUUCUCACUUGCAAUGUUUCGCUUGAAUAUGAGAAAACUGAGGUGAAUUCUGGGUUGUUCUACAAGAGUGCCGCUGAACGUGAGCGACUUCUUCAAGCCGAACGCGACUUUAUCACCAAAAGAGUCGAGAAGAUCAUUGAACUGAAGAAAAAGGUCUGUGGAGACGACAAAAAGAAGAGCUUCGUUGUGAUCAAUCAAAAGGGAAUCGAUCCACCAUCGCUUGAUCUGUUGGCUCAAGAGGGAAUCAUGGCAUUGAGGCGUGCGAAGAGACGCAACAUGGAGCGUCUUCAAUUGGCUGUCGGUGGAGAGGCUGUGAACAGCCUCGAUGAUCUCGCUCCCGAGGCUCUUGGCUGGGCCGGUCUUGUUUAUGAGCACACGUUGGGUGAGGACAAGUACACUUUCGUCGAGGAGUGCAAAGAUCCCAAAUCGGUGACUUUGUUGCUGAAAGGGCCCAAUAGACACACAAUUGUGCAAAUCAAGGAUGCUAUUCAUGAUGGGCUACGAGCUAUCUUCAACGCCAUUCAAGACAAAGCCGUUAUACCCGGAGCUGGUUCCUUUGAGAUUGCCGCGUAUUGCUUGUUGAAGGAGGAGAUUAAGAAUCUGAAAGGACGCGCCAAACUGGGAGCUGAAGCCUACGCCAACGCUCUCUUGGUAAUCCCCAAGACACUUGCUGUAAAUGCUGGCUUUGACGCACAGGAAAGCAUUGUGAAAUUGGUUGAAAUGCGCCAAUCGGUAGGAGAUCUUCCAAUCGGAAUUGAUCUACAAUCAGGAGAGCCCGCGGAGCCAAAGGGGAUUUGGGACAACGUAAUCGUGAAGAAGAACUCGCUCUCCUCGUGCACUGUGCUUGCCUGCAACCUGCUACUUGUUGAUGAGGUUAUGCGUGCCGGUAUGACCAACUUGAAGAACCCGAACUCUGGAAUGGAA